AUGGCGGCAGCAGUGGACACGAGCGCUUCGCACGACGUGCGCGCCGAGCUGGAGCGCCAAGAGGCGCUCGACCUUGCCGACCCGCUGCGCCACUUUCUCGCUGUCGACGACUCCACACCGGGCCCUGUCGACACCAGCGACAUUCGCGAUCUGCCGAGCAGCAGCGACUACAGCAUCGUGCCCACCCAACUCGAAAGCAUCAUCGACCAGCGGACCACCAUUCGCUACUUUUGCGAUCUUGCGCGGCGGCCGCAACUGCUCGAUUCGUCGGGCACCGAUGAAAGCGAGGCGGGAUAUUGGGAUGUGCAUCUGAAGCUCGACAUGACUACGGGGUGCGGGGGGAAGAUUUGGCCUGCUGCCGAGGUGCUUGGAGCGUACAUUGCUGCCAAGUACUCGUCACCCGCCGCAGCAGCCGGAGCGCAGCAGCAAGAGCAGCAGGAAGAUUUCAACAACCACGGUUGGGAUUGGAGGGGAAAGACGGUGCUCGAGCUGGGGUCGGGGACGGGACUGGUGGGCUUUCUCGUGCAUGCCAUGCAGCUGCAAGCAAAGGUAUACGUGACGGAUCAAGAUGCAAUGCUUGCACUCAUGCGCGAUAACCUCGCACUCAACUUCCCCACCACCUCGGCCACCACCGCGUGCGCCGCGGAUGGACGAGGCGAGUUGGUGGUGGCAGAACUCGAUUGGGGCUCGCCCAUCCCCGCUUCGAUCCCCGCACCAGACGUGCUGCUGCUGGCAGACUGCGUGUAUUUGGAAGUGGCCUUCCAGCCGCUCAUCGAUACCAUGCAAGCACUGUCGACGAGUCAGACCGAGAUUUUGUUUUGCUACCAGAAACGUCGCAAGGCAGACAAGCGAUUCUUUGGCCUGCUGCGCAAGAAGUUCGUCUUUGCCGACGUCACCGACGACGAUCCCGUGCGCACAGUGGAAUACCGUAGACAGGGCACACAGCUCCUACGCAUUCGCAAAAAGUAG